CAGCAGAGCAAACUACAUCCUGCAGCAGGAUCAGAGGGCAGCUCCUCUUUUACCCCAGCAUGGACCCACCAGCUUGGGCCAUCUGCUGCCUCCUGGGGAGCCUCCUGCUCCAUGGGAGCAGCCCCAGCCCUGGUCCCAGCCCCAGUGUGCCUCGUCUGCGGCUCUCCUACAGAGAUCUCCUGUCUGCCAACCGCUCUGCCAUCUUUCUGGGCCCACGGGGCUCCCUAGACCUCCAAGUCAUGUACAUGGAUGAGUACCGGGAUCGCCUCUUUCUGGGAGGCCGCGACGCCCUCUACUCUCUGAGGCUGGAUCAGGCAUGGACAGACCCCCGGGAGGUCUUGUGGCUGCCACAGCCAGGACAGAGGGCCGAGUGUGUCCGAAAGGGAAGAGACCCUUCGACAGAGUGUGCCAACUUCGUGCGGGUCUUACAGCCCCAUAACCGGACCCAUCUGAUGGCCUGCGGCACUGGAGCCUUCCAGCCCAUUUGCGCCCUUAUCACAGUGGGGCAUCGAGGGGAGCACGUGCUCCACCUGGAGCCCAGCAGCGUGGAAAACGGAAGGGGGCGCUGCCCACACGAGCCAAGCCGUCCCUUCGCCAGCACCUAUGUAGGUGGGGAGCUGUACACAGGCCUAACUGCCGAUUUCCUGGGACGUGAGGCCAUGAUUUUCCGGAGUGGGGGUCCCCGGCCGGCCCUGCGUUCUGACUCUGACCAGAGCCUCCUACAUGAGCCCCGGUUUGUGAUGGCUGCUCGGAUUCCAGAUAACUCUGACCGGGAUGACGACAAAGUGUACUUCUUCUUCUCCGAGACAGUCCCAUCACCAGAUGGUGGGCCAGGUCAUGUCACCAUCAGCCGUGUGGGCCGUGUCUGUGUGAAUGAUGCUGGUGGCCAGCGGGUGCUGGUGAACAAGUGGAGUACCUUCCUCAAGGCCAGGCUGAUAUGCUCUGUGCCUGGCCCUGGUGGGGCUGAGACUCACUUUGACCAGCUGGAGGAUGUGUUCCUGCUGUUGCCCAAGGCAGGGAAGAACCUCGAGGUGUAUGCGCUCUUCAGCACCGUCAGUGCUGUGUUCCAGGGCUUUGCUGUCUGUGUGUACCACAUGGCAGACAUCUGGGAGGUCUUCAAUGGACCCUUUGCCCACCGAGAUGGUCCUCAGCAACAGUGGGGACCCUAUGAGGGCAAGGUGCCCUUCCCUCGCCCUGGUGUGUGCCCCAGCAAGAUGACAGCACAGCCAGGGAGACCCUUUGGCAGCACCAAGAACUACCCAGAUGAGGUGCUGCAGUUUGUCCGAGACCACCCACUCAUGUUCCAGCCUGUGAGGCCUAGGCGUGGCCGCCCUGUCCUGGUCAAAACUCACUUGGCUCAGCAGCUGCGUCAGAUUGUGGUGGACCGAGUGGAGGCUGAGGAUGGGGCCUAUGAUGUCAUCUUCCUAGGGACGGAUUCAGGGUCUGUGCUCAAAGUCAUUGCCCUCCAGGGCAGUGGCACGGCCGAGCCUGAAGAGAUAGUUCUGGAGGAGCUUCAGGUGUUUAAGGUGCCAACACCCAUCACCGAGAUGGAGAUCUCUGUCAAACGGCAAACACUGUAUGUGGGCUCUCCACUAGGAGUGGCCCGGCUGCAGCUGCACCACUGUGAGACUUAUGGCAGGGCCUGUGCCGAGUGUUGCCUGGCCCGGGACCCAUACUGUGCCUGGGAUGGCACUUCCUGUGCCCGCUACCGCCCCAGCUUGAGCAAGCGCAGGUUCCGUCGGCAGGACAUCCGACAUGGCAACCCUGCUGUACAGUGUCUGGGGCAGAGCCAAGACAAAGAAGCUUCAGGACGGGUGGCCAGAGUCUUUGGCACAGAGCAUAACAGUACCUUCCUUGAGUGUCUGCCCAAGUCUCCCCAGGCUGCAGUGCGCUGGUUCUUACAGAGGCCAGCGGAUAAAGGGAUGGACCAGGUGAAGACAGAUGAGCGAGUUGUACAAACAGAGCAGGGGCUGCUGUUCCGAAGGCUCAGCCGCCUGGAUGCUGGAAACUACACUUGUACCACCUUGGAGCAUGGCUUCUCCCAGACUGUGGUCCGCUUUGCCCUGGAUGUGAUUGCAACUGCACAGCUGGACAACCUGUUCCUCCGGGAGCCAGGGCUGGAGGGGCCCUCAGCCUGGGGAGGCCUGGCCUCUGCAUCACCCAAGGCUUGGUAUAAGGACAUCCUUCAGCUCACUGGUUUUGCCAACCUGCCUCGGGUCAAUGAAUACUGUGAGCGUGUGUGGUGCAGGGGUGUCGGGGAGCACUCAGGCUCCUUCCGGGGGAGGGGAAAACAGGCGAAAGGCAAGAGCUGGGUAGGGCUGGAGUUGGGCAAGAAGGUGAAGAGCAGGGUGCUGGCUGAGCACAAUCGGACGCCCCGGGAGGUAGAAGCCACAUAGAAGAUGGCUGAGGAGGGGGUGGUCAGGCUGGGCUGCUGGGGGGACUCAACCGCAUCUCCCUACCACCCAGCUAGGGGAGAGGAGUCCAGGACACCUGAUUACCUCCUAGGAGGAAAUCUCUACCACCUGCAGAAAGACUAGGAGCUGAUAGGAGGGGCCUUGCACCUCAGCCUAUUCCUGGCCCUCUCUGUUCUCAGUCCCAGGCUGGAGCUGGCACCCCUUGACCACUUGUAGUCCCAGGGGGGCCUGCCAUUUGUUCUCAGAGAUGGUGUGGCUUCCGGAGCACAUUUCCGGUUGUGCCCAGAGGCAAGAGGGUUGGGUGGUUCUUUCCCAGCUUGUAGAACAAUGGCCAUUCUGAGUGACCCUCUGAGUGGGGGUAUGGGUGGCUCCCAGGGGAUACAUUGGCAUAGCUUCCUAAAGCAGUACCCAAUAAGAGACGCAUGCCCCACAGAGGUGCGGGAGAAGGUGGAGGAACCGAAGAGGUGGGGGAGCCCUGUUUGUUUCCCUUCCUCAGCCCACUACCAUCUUAUACUUACACAUGCAGGAGCUGCUGGAACCUGGAGGUGGCCUGGCCCCCUUUAUAUAAGCCAGGAAGAGCUGUCUCACAGCAUGGCACCUUUUCCCACAUCCCAAAUUGUCAGGCCAGGUUUGCUGGGGUGCCCACACGUCACCAUCCCCAUCCCCAUCAGGGUCACUUCCUGAGGAUCAGAGGAAGGGUCUCUGGAUGAGAGAAAGGA